AUGCACCGAUCCGCACAUGUAGUGCAGUCCCUUCAAGAGCUGCUCAGCAAGCUUGGCACCGAUCACAAAGCACCUUUGAAAGAUGCUCGUUUGCUGUUUUCCUUCACUGGCCAAGGCUCCAUUUACAGGGGAAUGGGCGCAGAGCUGUACCACAUGUUGCCCUUUCUCCGCUUCACGCUGGACUCGUUCCAGGAUUUGUGCGAUGCUCAAGGCCUCGACCGCUUCCUCGAUUUGAUUAUCGGUGCGCAGGAAGUGGCUACCGCGACGGCGUGCCAGACGCAACUCUCGCUGGCCGCGCUGGAAGUCGCCAUGGUUCAUCUGCUCCGCUCGCUUAGGCUGCAACCGACUUUGGUCAUGGGACAAUCGCUAGGAGAAUACGCUGCUCUUUAUGCCGCGGGCGUACUCUCCGUCAGCGACAUGCUCUAUCUCGUACAUACACGAGCCUCACUGAUCCAGGCGCACUGCACGGCACACGCAUACUCGAUGCUGGCGGUGAGCAUGUCUUAUAACGAUGCGGCAGACUUUCUACGCAAGUCCAACUGCCCGACGUGCCAGAUCGCCUGCAUCAACGCGCCAGCUAUGACAGUCAUCAGCGGCACCAACAACGAGCUCGCUGUUUUGCAGUCCACGGUGCAAAUUCGCGACGUCCACGCGUCGCUGCUCAAGGUUCAGUACGGCUUCCACUCGAGUCAGCUCGAGCCUCUUCUUGAGCGCUUCGAGGAGGCGGCGCGUAAAGUGCACUUUAGCGCGCCUCGCGUGCCAGUAGCUUCGACGCUACUCGGUGAAGUUGUGCGCAACGACGGCGUUUUCAACGCCGCGUACCUCCGACGACAGAUGCGCGAGCCGGUUGACUUUCUGGGUGCAGUGCGCGCUUGUGAGGCACAGAAAUUGCUCCAGGCGAACUCACUAGCUCUUGAGCUUAGCCCCCAUCCCAUUUGCACAGCGCUUAUGGCCAAGUCUUGCUCAAAGAAGGACUUGACUACCUUGAGUAGUCUCCAGCAGGGUCAGGACGGGUGGAAGAGUUUAUCGAACUGCCUUGCCGCUCUCCAUGUGGCGGGUCUUCCUGUCAAUUGGCACCAGUUUCACCGCGACUCCGAGCCCUGCUUGCGGCUUCUGCAUUUGCCUGCUUAUGCGUUCGAUCCCAAGACGUACUGGAUGCCGUAUAAGACUAGACGUGAGCCACAAGAUCCCAGAGAGGCAAACGUAGCAUGCAGCGAUCGCUUCCGUACGCCUUCUUGCAACGCUUGGACAGCCUGA